AAGAAAACGGAAACGGAAACGAAAAAGAAAAAGCGAGAGAUAGAUAGAUAGAGAGAGAGAGAGAGAGAGAGAAAGAGAGAGAGAGAGAGAGAGAGAGGAAGAGAAAAACAGAUACAGAACUAUAAUUAGGUAGUUACUGUUGAUUUCUGAACUUUACGUCAUUUGCUAUUGCAUGUUUCCGAUACGUAUGUAUGUAUAUAAAACGAAAUGAAUGCAGAGUUGAGUUAAAUAAUAUUGAUUAGACGUAACCGAAGAAAUUUGCAAACGAGAGUGAAGGGAAAGGGUGAAAGGAAGAGGAGGAGAUUCGGUGGGAAAUAAAGGAGAAAGAAGAAAAAGAAAAGGGAAAAAGAAAAAAGAAGGAGAGUGAGGAAAAAGAGAUACGAGGGUGAAAAAAAAAAAACAAAAAAAAAAAGAAAAUGAAAGCGUUACGGUAUAUUAUUAUUUGGAUGACAUUGUUUCUGACGUAUUCUCAGGGAUAUCGAAUACUUGGAAUUUUUGCAUUUCAAGCAAAAAGUCAUUUUGUCAUGUUCGAAGCAUUGAUGAAGAAUCUUGCUAAUAAGGGUCAUCAAAUUGACGCGAUAACUUCGUUUCAUUUGAAAAAGCCAUUCGUUAAUAUUACAGAAUUGGUUGUGAUAACACCGCAAAUGAAAUUGGUCAAUAAUAUAUCGUACGAACAGAUGAAGACGUUACUAACCGUUCUUCCGGUAAAAGCGAUUGCUAACAUGGGUGGUAUUGAAGUUUGUGAAUAUUUGGGACGUCCAGAAAUUCAAAAAUUAUUACGAAAUCCUCCGAAAAAUCCACCGUACGAUGUCAUUUUGAUAGAGAUUCUUGGUGCUCAUUGUUUAGCCAUAUUCGGACAUCUUUUCAACGUACCAGUGAUUGGUAUCAGUUCGUGUACUCUUUAUCCAUGGCACAAUCAUAUUAUCGGAAAUCCCGAAAAUUUAGCCAUUUUGCCGAACAAUUUAUUAAACUUUAACAAUCCAAUGAACUUUUGGCAACGAACGUACAACUUUCUACACACUGUCUUCAACAAAAUAUACUUCGAUCAUUUGACCAAAUAUCAAGAUGAACAAAUAAGAAAGUACGUCGGUCCAAAUUUACCGAGUGUGCGACAAUUGGAAAAAAAUAUUUCUAUGAUUCUGGUGAACUCAUAUUUCACUUUAAAUGGAAUUAGACCAUUAACGCAGGCACACAUAGAAGUCGGUGGAUUGCAUAUACAAGAUGACGGCUCGGAAUUAUCACCUGAGCUACAGAAAUGUUUGGACGAGAACAAAGAUGGUUUUGUCUAUUUCACAUUUGGUUCUAUGAUCAAGAUCGAAUCAUUUCCAAGAAAGAUUCUCGAUAUAUUCUAUAAAUCUUUCGAAAGGAUAUCGCCAGUAAAUAUUUUAAUGAAGAUUCCAAAUCCCAAAGAGUUACCACCUGGUUUGCCAAAGAACGUUCACACUUUGCCGUGGAUACCACAAUUGAAAGUUUUACAACAUCCGAAUGCGAAGGCGUUUAUUACUCAUGGUGGUCUUAUGGGAACACAGGAAGCCAUUUCAUGUGGCGUUCCAAUGAUCGGAGUACCAAUCUUCGGCGACCAAUUUUCAAAUGUCGCUAAUUAUGUUAAGAAGAACAUCGCAAUAAAAUUAGACUAUGAAAAUUUAUCGCAAGAUGACAUGGACGCGGCAUUGAACGAAAUCUUAAAUAAUUCCACAUACAGGAAGGCCGCACGUAAAGUCGCACAAAAAUUUAUAGAUAGGCCGUUGAAGGCAAUCGAUACGGCUAAUUAUUGGAUUGAAUAUAUCGUGAAAUACGGAUGGGACGCACUCCGUUCACCGGCCAUGGACUUGAAUUGGUGGGAAAACGAUCUUUUAGACGUAUAUACAUUCUUAUUGUUGAUUAUAGUUAUCCUCAUUUACAUAACAAUUCGAUUAAUUCAAAUAUUUCUGAGCACAAUUUUAUCUAACUCAAAUAUCAACGUUUCACCCAUGAAGAAGAUGUCAUAACAAUCUGAUUUCGGGAUAUAAUAUUUCAUGAUUUUUUAAAACAUAAAUGAAUUUAUUUGGAAUUUAUUCCUAUGAAUACAUUCAACUGAUGAUAAAUUUGUGGUGAUGUUUGAAAGAUUAAUUCGACUUCACGCUGAUAUUAAUGUAUGAAUAAAUUAUAGAUCGAUAAACGAUCUUGUUCAAAAAAAAAAUAAGAUUUAUCUAUGAUGACUAAUAGAAAUAUUCUAAUAUUUACUAUUUCCAAAUUUAUCUUCAAUUAUGUAUCCCAAUUUUUUUGUCGAUGAUAGAAAAGAUAUCAAUAAUAAUUCAUAUUUUUGUAUCAAAGAAAAAUCCAUAUCGAAAUCAUCGAUUCCAAAUAUUAAGGGAAUCGUUUGGCAACAGACGACUCACUAUACCAACCAGCUAACUUAAGUCAGUCAGUAAGUACAAUAUACCCAUACAAAACAUGAUACUGUUUACUAUAUAAUAGUUACGAUUGUCAUGUUUUGUUUUUUCUCUUAAUAAAAGUUAUCAAAUAGAUUAAAUCGUUUAAAUUGACAUAUUCACUUAAAUCUUUUGCAUUAUCAAUUUAGUGUAAAAAAUGAUUCCGAUAUAUUGAUAAUAGCUCAAUAUUCACAGUUCGGAUAAUUUCGAGCAUGAGUCCACGAAAAACGAAGAUAUAUUUGUCGUUAAAUGAUCCAUGAUCCAUGAGUUUAAAGUGUUAAGUCUCUAACAGAUGAUUAUCGCAUGCAUUAAAAUUCGUGGUCUUCGUUGAUCGUUAGUGACAUGCAUUAAUAGUAACUCUUCAAGAACGCUCGUUAACGCUCAUUCUCUAUAGUCUUAAAUACAUUCACCGACUUUGACGUAAUUAUGCCGUUAUUACGAUGAUUGUGCAGAAACAAAAA